GAGUCAAAGUUCUGGCUGCUGAGGCUGCACUAAAAAUGGAAGCAAACAGGCUAAAGAUGUACGAUGAAGUGGCAGGAAAAACCCAUAUGAUUGCUCAAAAGGAUUUUGCUCGAUGCGAAAGACAGAUCAUUAAGUAUGUGAAGCAAAUAGCUGGAACUAUAGAGAACGUAAGGUUGUCUCAUGUGAAAACUUCGGAAUUUAUGAUCACACUGCUUUUGCUUGUGGCCAUGUCAUUCUCCUUGUUACAUCACAGUUCCCAGUUACGAUGGAUCUUGUUCUGGCUGAGUUCCACAAAGCUUGCAUUUACACCGUUCCAAAGCAUCUGCAGAGCUCAAAUCCAGCACCGGGAACCAGAGAUCACUUGAAAAUGAUGGGCUACCAUGAAGAUGGGAAGAUUCAAAUCUCUGAGAGUGACCUGAAUCGUGUCAGGUCUUAUAUGAAAUUAUAUGCUGCAUUAAUUCAGACAGAGAUUGAAGGUAUCAGAAAUCCUCAUGGCCUAAAAGAAGCAUGGGCAUGGCUUGCAAUGUUCCUGAAUGCACUUCCUGCUAAUGAAUAUACCGCUGCUGCUUUGGAGUCCUUCCUAAAGAUGGCAGGUUUUGCACUAUUUAGGAGAUACAAAUCUCAGUUUCAGAAGAUACUGGAUGUCAUCUCCCGUAGCUUUUUGCCUGCUCUGAAGAAACGAGAUCAAAACAAGAUUGUAAUCGAAGGAAGACUUGAACAAUAUUUGAAUGAGAAAAUGUACUUAAAGGAACCAGAAGGGUGGCGCCUUGAGAGCUCAUUGCGAUCAGCAGAGUGUAAAUAACCAGCAUCUCUCACCACCUUGGAAGAUGUUCUCAAGGUAUAUGAUAGAAGGUACUUAAAAGUAACUGGAAGUGUGGUGCCUACAAACCUCAGAACUGUCAAGAGGGCAUAAACAGCACUGACAUUGUAUUGGAAGAUGUCAUUAUAGAUCUUGUACCCUUCUCCAGGCAAUUUUUGUCAUGAAAAUGCUGAGAUGAAAUCUGGCUUUGUAAUACAAAAGCAGGUAAUCUUGUCUCGGAUUGUGUUUUCCACCAGUGUCUGUAGCCGUUUGCAUCUAAGAAAUAUGAAGUCCCUUGUGCAUCUUCUACUUUACCCUCAAUACAACGAGGCAUUUGUUUUAUUAUUUGCAGCUCUUUGUAGCCCAAAAUAACGCCCUUCUUGUCCCCUUUUUUUUAUUUAUUUUUGGGAA